AUGGAGUCGCUAAUACAUUUUGUCUUGGGGUGUUUCAGGUUAUUGGAGGAGGGAGGAACAAUAUUUACCUUUGAGAGGCCUGAGAAAAAGUUCUCUUUGAAAAGUGUUUUGAGAAUCCACAAUCCCCAAUUUUAUUGGAAGGUGAUGACACAUGCUGAUUUAGGUCUUGCAAAUGCAUAUAUCAAUGGUGACUUUUCAUUUGUUGAUACAGACAAAGGACUUUUAAAUUUUAUUUUGAUUCUCAUAGCCAACAGAGAUUCAAACAAAUUAAAGCAGAACAGGGGUUGGUGGACCCCAGUUUUCUUUACAGCUGGUUUAGCAUCUGCAAAGUUCUUCAUUCAGCAUGUUUUGAGGAAAAAUACUCUCACACAGGCUCGCAGGAACAUCUCUCUGCAUUAUGAUUUGAGCAAUGAAUUCUUUUCACUUUUCUUGGAUGAAACAAUGACAUAUUCAUGUGGGGUGUUUAAGAAUGAAGAUGAAGACUUGAAAGAUGCACAGAUGAGAAAAAUCUCUAUGCUGAUUGAAAAAGCUAGAAUAGCUAGAGAACAUGAAAUUCUUGAGAUUGGAUGCGGAUGGGGAAGCUUUGCAAUUGAAGUUGUUAAACAAACUGGUUGCAAGUACACUGGCAUCACUUUAUCUAAGGAGCAGCUGAAAUUUGCAGAAAAUAGAGUUAAAGAUGCUGGCCUUAAGGACCACAUAACAUUUCUACUUUGUGACUAUCGCGAAUUGCCCGAGAAAUGCAAAUAUGAUAGAAUUAUAUCGUGUGAAAUGAUAGAAGCUGUUGGCCAUGAGUAUAUGGAAGAGUUCUUUGGUUGUUCAGAUUCAGCAUUGGCAGAUGAUGGACUUCUUGUUCUCCAGUUCACAUCAAUACCGGAUGAGCGAUAUGAUGCGUAUAGGCGCAGUUCUGAGUUUAUAAAGGAAUAUAUUUUUCCAGGAUGUUGCAUACCAUCUCUAAGUAGGGUAACAUCAGCCAUGGUAGCUGCAUCCAGACUAUGUGUUGAGCACACUGAAAACAUUGUAAUUCAUUACUACCAAACUCUGAGAUGGUGGAGAAAGAAUUUUCUGGAAAACCACAGAAAAAUCCUGGCUCUUGGAUUUGAUGAAAAGUUCAUCCGGAUGUGGGAAUACUAUUUUGAUUACUGUGCAGCUGGCUUUAAAUCUCGCACACUUGGGAACUAUCAGAUGGUUUUCUCACGCCCUGGAAACAAUACUGCAUUCAGCAAUGUGAAGACCUGAUCCGAACAGAUUGUGACGAGAAAUUCAUAUAAAAGCUUGCCCUUAGCCUGUUAAUUUGCAUUUCUCAAUAUCAAGAGAGAUCAAGUCAAUGGGAAAUAAAUAAAACUUGGGCCGUACUCACACUUGGCCCACUUUAGGAGUGUUAUCAUAGCUUAGGUAGAUUACAGAAUUGGUUCUUGCAGAUUCGGUAAUGAAGACAUUUAGUUUUAUUUUUAGU